CAAACAGGAAGUGUGUUUAUUCACUUCCGCAUCCCCGAACCGAAAGGCAUGUUGGGAUACGUGUCACGGCGCGGUGUUUUGAAGGCGGACUGUUGAUGUUUUGUUUUUUCCGGUGAAGAUGCUCAGACCUGUGUCCAGUUUACCUCUGGGCUCCAGUGUGAGGCUCAGACUGGGAGGCGCUGGGUUCCAGUUCACAGCCGACCUGAAGCACCUCAGCCCGGAUCAGCUGAGCACAGAGACCGGUCUGAACCACCAGGAGGCGCUGGAGGUGCUGCAGGCCGUGACCUCAGAUGGGGGCGGAGUCUCCUUCACAGCUCUGGAGCUCCUUCAGAAGGAGGCGGAGCUUAAGAGCAUUGUGACGUUCUCGUCUCAGCUGGACGCGGCACUGGGAGGAGGAGUUCCUGUCGGGAAAACCACAGAGGUCUGCGGCGUUCCGGGAAUCGGAAAAACCCAACUGUGUCUGCAGCUGGCGGUUGACGUCCAGAUCCCAGAGUGCUUCGGGGGGGUCGGAGGUCAGGCGCUGUUCAUCGACACCGAGGGCAGCUUCACGGUCCAGAGACUCGUCGACCUCGCCGCCGCCGCCGUCCGCCACUGCUCGCUGCUGGUUGAAGACGACGAGCAGCGGGACGCCAUGACGAUGUUCACCGUGGAAACCAUCCUGUCCAACCUGUUCCUGGUGCGUUGCCGUGACUACGUGGAGCUCCUGGCUGAGGUCCACCUGCUGCCGGACUUCCUGUCUCAGCACCCGAACAUCCGCCUCCUGGUGAUUGACAGCGUGGCGUUCCCGUUCCGCCUCCUCUUCGACGAGCUCUCGCAGAGGACACGCCUCCUCAACGGCCUCGCUCAGCGGCUCAUCACCACGGCGACCAGCCACAACAUCGCCGUGGUGAUGACCAACCAGAUGACCACCAGGGUGCAGCAGGGCGGACAGUCACAGCUUGUCCCCGCCCUCGGAGACAGCUGGGGUCACGCCGCCACUCUGAGGCUCCUCCUCCAGUGGGCGGGGUCUCAGCGAAUGGCGACCUUAUUUAAAUCUUCAUGUCACAUGGACACCACCGUCCAAUACCAGAUAACCUCCGAUGGCUUCAGAGACACUGACCAAUCAGAGCAGCCGCAGAGCAAACGCCCCCGGAUACAAACCGACCAAUCAGCUUCAAGCCAGAGGGACGGCAGCUGAUUGGUCAGAGCUGAGGGUACUGUCGGCCAAUCAGAGACUGAGGUGCAGAGUGUGUUUGCUCUACAUGAAAUAUGCACAGUUUAUGUUCUGACGUAUCUUUUCUUAAAACAGAUUUAUAUUUUUACACAGAUUGAGCAGCUCGUUAAUCAGUUUGAUCGAUCAUUGAAACGGAGCAUUGAUCACUUUGGUUCGGUUCAUGUACAGCAUCUAAAGACUGGAUUUUUGAACAAAUCACAGUUAGUUUAGCAAAGUUAUUUUGACCAAAAACAUGAUAAAAAUGAAUGAAAUUAAUGAAUCCAUUUAUGAUGAGACUGAGCAGGUUUAGUCGAUGACAGAGGGACGUAUUUAUCCACUUUAGGACAAAAAAGAAAGAAAAAGACAGCUUUAAAACGUCAUAAAAUAUUUUUCACAAAUAUUCUCAGAUAACAAAAAUAAAUCUGUAAAAAAAACUGGACAAUUAUUUGUUAAUAAAAAUAUUAAAAGUUGUAAUCAAUGAAUUUCUCUCAUUACUUUUGUGUCAGAAUCAGCUGCUAAAAAUAAAAUUUCCCUUUACAUUAAACCUUUCUGUAGCCAGUUAUAAAAUUAUCCUC